UCAUUGCACAGAAAUGGAGAAAUGGGAUGAUCAUAGUUCACACGAUGCUGUUUGGUUAGAAACGUCAGUGCUGCACAACCCACGGCUGAGUCAGUGUCUGUGAGAAAAUGAACUGAAUUAAUAUAUAGAGGGGGUUGUAUCUCUGAACAUUUAAAGCCUAGAUAACCGCAAUAGCAUUAUUAACACAGUAGAGGGAGGAAAGCAAAAGGAGGUCUGUGGACAGGUGAGGUAGGGUGACUGGGAAAUUUUGAUUGUUCAGAGGAAUUCUGAAGAUGAUGGAAAUAUCAGAUGUGCUAAAGUUUCCUAGUAAUGCCCAAGGAUGCUGACCUGGCUUUCAGUGCUGCAUUGUUUGAAAAAGCAGAGUCCCUUUAUACUCUGAUUUCAAAUUUUUUUUCUUGUUUUUGUGUGUCUACCUUGGCAUAUACUAAAGUAAGUACUCCCUCACGUGUUUCUAAAGGAGUUGUCGACCACACCAAAAUGAGUCUACAUGGUGCUAGUGGGGGGCACGAGAGAUCAAGAGAUAGACGAAGGUCAAGUGACAGAUCACGAGAUUCAUCUCACGAAAGAACAGAAUCUCAACUCACUCCUUGUAUUAGAAAUGUUACUUCUCCAACACGACAGCACCAUGUCGAACGUGAAAAAGAUCACAGUUCCUCUCGUCCAAGCAGUCCUCGCCCGCAAAAAACAUCUCCAAAUGGUUCCAGUAGCAGUGCUGGGAACAGCAGCAGAAACAGUAGUCAGUCAAGUUCAGAUGGUAGCUGUAAGACAUCUGGGGAAAUGGUAUUUGUGUAUGAAAAUGCAAAAGAAGGAGCUCGGAAUGUAAGGACGUCAGAACGAGUGACGCUAAUAGUGGAUAACACUAGAUUUGUGGUAGAUCCGUCCAUUUUUACUGCACAGCCAAACACAAUGUUGGGCAGGAUGUUUGGAUCUGGCAGAGAACAUAACUUUACACGUCCCAAUGAGAAGGGAGAGUAUGAGGUGGCAGAGGGGAUUGGAUCUACUGUGUUUCGAGCUAUUCUGGACUAUUAUAAAACAGGAAUAAUCCGUUGUCCUGAUGGCAUAUCUAUUCCUGAACUGAGAGAAGCAUGUGACUAUCUUUGUAUCUCUUUUGAAUAUAGUACUAUUAAAUGUAGAGAUCUCAGUGCCCUAAUGCAUGAGUUAUCAAAUGAUGGUGCUCGUAAACAGUUUGAAUUUUAUCUAGAAGAAAUGAUCCUGCCUCUCAUGGUAGCUAGUGCCCAGAGUGGGGAACGUGAAUGCCACAUAGUGGUGCUUACAGACGAUGAUGUGGUUGAUUGGGAUGAAGAGUAUCCACCACAGAUGGGAGAAGAAUAUUCACAAAUUAUUUAUAGCACAAAAUUAUAUAGAUUUUUCAAGUACAUUGAAAACAGAGAUGUGGCCAAAUCAGUUUUGAAGGAGAGGGGUCUUAAGAAGAUUAGACUGGGAAUAGAAGGUUAUCCUACCUACAAAGAAAAAGUAAAGAAAAGGCCUGGGGGCCGCCCAGAAGUGAUUUACAACUAUGUCCAAAGACCCUUUAUUCGAAUGUCUUGGGAGAAGGAAGAAGGAAAGAGUCGACAUGUAGACUUUCAGUGUGUGAAGAGUAAAUCUAUCACCAACCUUGCAGCAGCUGCCGCAGACAUUCCCCAGGAUCAGCUGGUGGUCAUGCACCCAACUCCACAAGUGGAUGAGCUGGAUAUUCUCCCUAUCCAUCCCCCUUCUGGCAACAACGACCUCGAUCCUGACGCACAGAAUCCAAUGCUGUGAUGCUGACGUUCCUUGAAACCAUAGCAUGCUACUCUUCACAGUGACGUUGCACUCUCCUCAUUCUGCACUGCAAGGCCACUCUCUUCAUUGUGAGAUGCACAUAACAAUGUUUAGGAUAUUGCAGUGUAGGCUUUUUAAAGACCAAAGGUAGCUGAAUGGUUUUUUAAAUGAGUACAACUCUAGCAUCUUGAAGUUCCAGUUAUAUAAAUGUAUUUGUUUACCAGUAGGUUUGUGAAAUUGGUUCUUUGUAUGGGGGACAGUCCUUUUUCACACAUCUAGAUCUUUUCAGGCGUGGUGGAAAUUGGCAGCUGGGGUACUUUCAGUCUAGGUUGAUAUUUAUCACACCCCAGAUAAAGUGUAGAAUAUUAUAUAGUUGCACUUUAUAAAUGGUGGUUAAAUGGAAUUAUUCAAGCCAUUUUUAUAGUUGUGAUGCACAGUAUAAUUAAGUGCUUCUGUCAGAGUAUUCCUUCAGUAAAGUGUGUUUUCUGCUGCCCAUGAUGAGCGAAAAAAUGAGUUUAUCAUUGGGCUUAUUUGAAUGAUUAGGAUGAAAUUCAAUGCCCACAUCUUUUCAGUUAUCUCCAGUGCCCUUUUCACUCUUUCCAAGUGAGUCACAUGCAGGGAGUGUGAACAUCAGAGGUGGUUUAUUAUCCAGUCUGCCUUACCCUUAAUCUGUUCACAGAUUAUUUAUUUACUAAUAAUUUUUUUCUUAAGAGUUAUGAGAUAGGAAAAUGAACUGUUUGCUCUUCAUUUACUAAAUGAUUGUAAACUCAAGUUUUUCAUCAAAAUAAAAUUCCAUUGUUUUAAUGUUUCUGAUAUUUAUAACCAUCUUGAGCAGAUUUUCAGUUUCAUAAUUAGCAGAUUUCCUGUCUUAUUGAUAUCAUAACUAGAAUGCAGAUAGUAGCUCAAGGAACUCCAAUUUGGUAUAUGUGGGAUGAGGCACUUGUAUUCCCUACUAAUUAUAAAAUAUACUAUAAAUCCAAAAUAUUGUUAGAGCUGAAAAGAACAUUUUCUAGUCCACCUUGAUAUGGAGGGUGAAAUACCUUUACCAGGUCCUGUAGUAGCCUUAAGUUUCAGAGGCAAAUUCUUGGCAGUGGUUCACUGCUUUUUCCAUUGUACUGUGCUAUAUAUUCUGCUUAGCAAAUUAUUCAUGCAAGUACUUUUUUCUUUUCUUUUUUUUCUUUUUUUUUUUUUUUUUUUAGUAUCCUGUGGCCCAGUUCAAGAAGGAAUCGGAAGUAUUUGGGUGCUUUGGAUCUGGGGUCACUUAAUGUUUGAAGCCAUACAAGGUAGUAGUUCAGAGAGGAGGUGUAGUAGAGAAGCCGAUGUGUUCUGUUUAAUCUUUGAGUUUGUCAUUUCAGAGGAUCCGAAGUAUGUGUGUAAGCAUGUUGUGUGUGAGAAUAUGUUUAUGCUCAUAUAAAUUAAAAUUUGCAACAAUUUGGGGAUUAACUAUGUUUACAAUACAGCUAAACUAGUAACAGGGAGAUUAUGUAAGUCCUAGAAUUGUUAUGAAGGCCAGAAAAGCACUGCCCGUGUUUUUGGUGUGGAUCAUCCAUAAAUACCCACCAUGG